UCGUGCGCCCUGGUGACGCUGAUAAUAUCAUCGGCAUCUUGGACAUUGCUCAGCAAUACAGAGUCCCUGUUGUGGUUAGAAGUUACGCUGGUCAUUCUUACGCCGGCCAGAGUACUGUUCAAGAUGGUAUCGUUAUUCUCAUGGAUAGGUUUUCGACAGUCGAGGUCCUUCCUGAGGGUUUUCUAGCGUCCACUUUCACUGCUGUGAUUGGUGCUGGUACCAGGCUCUUGGAUAUCUACACUGCUCUUAUGCAGCAUUCGCCGCCUUUGGGUGUCAGUGGUGGUAACUGUCCAUCUGUGUCUAUCUCGGGUGUCACCAUGGGUGGUGCUCAUGGCUAUUAUGGGACGAAGUACGGGACUCUUGCUGAUGCUGUGAUUGCUGCUGAUGUGAUCGUUAAAGACGGUGAUUCGUUCAAGCUGGUCAAAGCAACUCGAGACGGUGAUCACGAGGAUUUACUGAAGGCUCUACGUGGUGGCAUGGGUGGUAACUAUGGUGUUGUAGUGAACUGGUAUAUAGAAACCUUCCGCGCGAGUGAUUCGGUGCAUAUCUUCCGUCACAAGGUUGAUCGUGGUGACAAGGGUAAAGAUGAGGUUAUUGCUAAGACUCGCGCAUUCGAGGCGGCUACGGUCAAUCAACCCGGUGAUGGUUUAUGGAGUAAGUUUAAAGUCAAGGGGGGAUUCGACAUGAACUUUGAAGGGAUGUGCAUGUGUGAGCCCAGUUCUAACGACUGCUCCCUCUGUGAUGCCACAAUAGCCAGCAUUGAUGCUGCUUUGGACAAGGACAACUGGGUAACCAAACCUUCGGAGCUCACUACUGAUCAUGGCUAUGCAACGUGGUCUUGGGCCGGUUGCACUACAUGGGCUGAUCCUGGCACUCCUCCCAACGCUGACUACCCCGGUCCAAAUGGUGACUUUGGAUCAGCUAAACAAGGCUGUUAUGACUAUGAUUGGUCCUUGAGUGUUGACUCCCCCUGGAAAAGCAUAUCUGUCUACAUCAAGCACAGUGAUGCUACAGAUGCCUUUUGGGACACCGUAUGGGAUAUCGUCCACGAGCCCGAGUGCGAGAAUCGCAAUGUCUGUAUUUUAACCUUUGAAUACUACGGUGGAAAAAUGCUCGAGGAGCCGCAAGAUUGUUCUGGCGGAGUCCAUGCACUUCUUUUAUUCAUCGUCAUAAUG